ACAAACACAAACAGAGAGGAGCGGCCGCCGCGGGAGCGCCAGCGCCCCCCCUCUCCAGUCCCCCCCCCUUUGCCGCCGCCGUCCCGGCCCGCCGCGCGCCACCCGCCCGUCACCGCCACCACCGCGCCCGGGUCACCAACGCCCCGGGGGACCGGGAACCUCGCGCCCCCCCCUCCCCCGACUCCUGGCGUCCUGCAGCGGAUGGGGACUGGAGAGGCACACUGGUCCAGCCUCCUGCCCAGCCUGUGAUAAAACCCCACACAUUCCCUCCUGGACACGGCCUGCCCGUCCUCCUUUACUCCGCCCUUCCUGCGAGUCUCCUACCCAGGUCCCUAGGGGAACCUGCCCCUGUUGCUGCCACUGCUGCCUCAUUAGCCUCUAGAGACUGAACUUGCCUCUUCUCAUAUGGAUCUUUCCCAGAUGUGAAAGUUCUCCCAGGCACUACUGAGGCUAUAGCUAGUUGCUUGGGGAUCCUAGUUCAGCCCAGCCCUGCAAGAAGAGAGCACUUGUUUUCCCCGGACAGGACUGUCAGGUAUUUGGACAGUACACGCUUGGUCCUCCAUUCAUCCUUGACCUUUGAGAAGCAUCCCAGCUCCACGAUGGCAGCGGAGACACUCAACUUUGGGCCUGAGUGGCUGAGAGCCCUUUCGAGUGGUGGCAGCGUGGCCUCUCCACCCCCAUCUCCUGCCAUGCCGAAAUACAAGCUAGCAGAUUACCGCUAUGGGCGAGAGGAGAUGCUGGCCCUCUAUGUCAAGGAGAACAAGGUCCCUGAGGAACUACAGGACAAGGAGUUUGCUGCAGUGUUACAAGAGGAACCACUUCAACCUCUGGCUCUGGAACCUCUGACUGAGGAGGAGCAGAGAAACUUCUCCCUGUCGGUGAACAGUGUGGCUGUGCUGAGGCUGAUGGGGAAAGGAGCUGGGCCCCCUGUGGCUGCCACCUCCCGUGGCAGGGGCAGCACUCGGAGCCGAGGGCGAGGCCGAGGUGACAGCUGCUUUUACCAAAGAAGCAUUGAGGAAGGCGAUGGGGCCUUUGGCCGGAAUCCUCGGGAGAUCCAGCGAAGCCAGAGCUGGGAUGACAGAGGUGAGAGGCGGUUUGAGAAGUCUGCAAGGAGGGAUGGAGUACGAUCUGGCUUUGAGGAGGGAGGGGCUGGCCCGAGGAAGGAGCAUGCGCGCUCAGACAGUGAGAAUUGGCGCUCACUUCGAGAGGAGCAAGAGGACGAUGGCAGCUGGAGACUGGGGACAGGACCCCGGAGAGAUGGUGAUCGCUGGCGUUCCACCAGCCCUGAUGGUGGUCCCCGCUCUGCUGGCUGGCGGGAGCAUGGGGAGCGAAGGCGCAAGUUUGACUUUGAUUUGCGAGGGGAGCGCGGAGGGUGUGGUGAAGAGGAUGGGCGGGUUGGGGGAGGCAGCUCUCACCUCCGGAGAUGCCGGGGUCUGGAUGGCUUUGAAGAUGACAAGGAUGGGCUCCCAGAGUGGUGCCUGGAUGAUGAGGAUGAAGAGAUGGGAACUUUCGAUGCCUCCGGAGCCUUCCUGCCUCUGAAGAAGGGACCCAAGGAGCCUAUUCCAGAGGAGCAAGAGCUUGAUUUCCAGGGCCUGGAGGAAGAGGAAGAGGAACCAUCAGAAGGGGUGGAUGAAGAGGGGCCUGAGGCAGGAGGAAAGGAAGUGGCCCCAUUGCCUCCUCCAGAGAAGUCAAGCUCCCCGUCCUCACUGCCUGCCUUGGGCCCUCUCUGGACAACGAACGAGGAUGGUGGUGAGGCUGUGGAGAAAGAGCUGCCUCCUGCUGAAGGAGCCAUCUUGUCCCUUUCUCCGCCCCUCCCUACUUUCCCAGGAGAAGAGAUGAGGGGACUGUCUCUAAGUCCUAGAAUCAGUUCACCUCCUGGUCCACCUGGAGAUCUAGAAGAUGAAGAAGGCUUGAAGCACUUGCAGCAGGAGGCAGAGAAGCUUGUGGCCUCUCUGCAGGACAGCUCCCUGGAGGAGGAGCAGUUCACUGCUGCCAUGCAGACCCAGGGCUUACGCCACUCCACAGCCGCCACUGCCCUUCCCCUCAGCCAUGGCGCUGCCCGAAAGUGGUUCUACAAGGACCCACAGGGGGAAAUCCAAGGCCCUUUCACAACCCAGGAGAUGGCUGAGUGGUUCCAGGCUGGCUACUUCUCCAUGUCACUCCUAGUGAAGAGGGGCUGCGAUGAGGGUUUCCAGCCUCUGGGAGAGGUGAUCAAGAUGUGGGGCCGUGUGCCCUUUGCCCCAGGGCCCUCGCCACCCCCGCUGCUGGGGAACAUGGAUCAGGAGCGGCUGAAGAAGCAGCAGGAGCUGGCUGCCGCAGCCCUGUACCAGCAGCUGCAGCACCAGCACUUUCUGCAGCUGGUUGGCAGCCGCCAGCUCCCGCAGUGUACAACGCUCCGGGAAAAGGCAGCUAUGGGGGACCUGACGCCGCCGCAGCAGCAGCAGCUCACGACGUUCCUGCAGCAGCUCCAGGCUCUCAAAACCCCCAGAGGUGGGGACCAGAACCUGCUCCCCACGAUGAGCCGGUCCUUGUCGGUGCCAGAUUCAGGCCCCCUCUGGGACUUACAUACCUCAGCUUCAUCACAGUCAGGUGGUGAGGCCAGUCUUUGGGACAUACCAAUUAACUCUUCGACUCAGGGUCCAAUUCUAGAACAGCUCCAGCUGCAACAUAAAUUUCAAGAACGCAGAGAAGUGGAGCUCAGGGCUAAGCGGGAGGAGGAGGAGCGCAAGCGCCGGGAGGAGAAGCGUCGGCAGCAGCAGCAGCAAGAGGAGCAGAAGCGGCGGCAGGAGGAGGAGGAACUCUUUCGGCGCAAGCAGGUGCGGCAGCAGGAACUGUUGCUGAAGCUGCUACAACAGCAGCAAGCGACGAAUGUCCCUGUGCCCCCUGCACCCAGCUCCCCACCUCCACUCUGGGCUGGCCUAGCCAAGCAGGGCCUGUCCAUGAAGACUCUGCUGGAGCUGCAGAUGGAAAGUGAGCGCCAACUGCACAAGCAGCCGGCACCUCGGGAACCUCUGCGGGCCCAGGCCCCCAACCACCGAGUGCUUGGGGGCUUGGGCUCUGCCCCUCUGAACCAGUGGGUGUCUGAGGCUGGGCCACUGUGGGGCGGGCCAGACAAGAGUGGGGGCAGCAGCAGUGGCAACCUGGGACUCUGGGAAGAUACUCUGAAGAGUGGCGGGAGCCUGGCCCGAAGCCUGGGCCUAAAGAACAGUCGGAGCAGCCCGUCUCUCAGUGACUCCUACAGCCACCUGUCAGGUCGACCUGUUCGCAAGAAGACGGAAGAGGAGGAAAAAUUGCUGAAGCUACUGCAGGGCAUCCCCCGGCCCCAGGACGGCUUCACCCAGUGGUGUGAGCAGAUGCUGCACACUCUGAGCACCACAGGCAGCCUGGAUGUCCCCAUGGCUGUUGCCAUCCUCAAGGAGGUGGAGUCCCCCUACGAUGUCCAUGACUAUAUUCGUUCCUGCCUGGGGGACACGCUGGAAGCCAAAGAAUUUGCCAAACAAUUCCUGGAGCGGAGGGCCAAGCAGAAAGCCAGCCAGCAGAGGCAGCAGCAGCAGCAACAACAACAGCAGCAGCAGCAGCAGGAGGCCUGGCUGAGUAGCACCUCCCUACAGACAGCCUUUCAGGCCAACCACAGCACCAAACUGGGCCCUGGGGAGGGCAGCAAGGCCAAGAGGCGGGCGCUGAUGCUUCACUCGGACCCCAGCAUCUUGGGGUACUCCCUGCAUGGCCCUUCCGGUGAGAUCGAGAGCGUGGAUGACUACUGACCAGCCUGUCCCACCAGCCCCCUGGGCCUUAGUCUCGGGUGGCAGCAGCAUGGACCCUUGGGUCUCCAGCCUGCAGGCUCCCACAAGGAGCAGAGGAGAAAGCGAGCGGGCGAGCGGGGCAGGGUCCCCAGCACUUGUUACAAACCACACGAUGCACCUUAACUCACCCACCACGAGGCACUUUACAGAUGGGGGAGGGGCUUUCCUUUUUCUCUUUAAUUUUAAACAUUAGGAGAGACAAAAAUAUCAUUCAAAAGCUAGACGGUAGAUCCCUUCACCCCUUUGGGGAUAAUGGGGGUGACAUUGGAAGGUCCACAGAGGUUUUGUUUUGUUUUUUGUUUUGUUUUUAUUUUUAUUUUUAGAAAAAAAAAAAAAGAUAAAAAAAUAAUGAAAAAAAAAAGUUAGGCUGAAAGGAAAAAAAAAUCACACUGUUAUUUUCGGCCAGUGGGUACCAGGCCCCAUGGAACUGUCCUGCCUGGCUGCCCUGAGGCUGCACUUACCCUGCUGCCCCUAGAAGGUAGGUCAUUGGGGUAACUGUCAGCUGGGUGCUGGCAGUUUGCACAGUGAGGCCCUCUCCAGAAGCCCCGCCCACUGGACCGGCUGUGAUCAGCUCCCUGUGGCAGUUACUGUGGCAGGUGUCCUGGUAAGGGGCCGAAGUCGCCUCUUACCUCAGCUGCUUUGGGAGGAAUGUUGCACAAAUUGGACGAGCUGCCUCAGCUCCCUCUCCCCCACACCCCCGAAACAGCCCUCCCACACUGGCUGAGGGGAGCUAGGGAAAGACCUGUCAGUGCCAGCCUGUCAGGUGGGCUCUGAACUUGGGCCUGCUGAGGGGCUGCCCCCCACUGCUGCCAUUUCGGGGGACAGCCUGGGUGUGACACUGAAAGCCCAGCUCCCUGCCUUUGCCACAUGAAUGUAUUCUUUGGCCCCCAAGCCUGUCUCACCCCCUCUGAGAAGGGACACAGCCCUUCUUCCUCCAGGAGCUGGAGACCUCCUCCUCUUAUCAUGGCUGAGGCCUUGCUUAUGAGGGAAGGACACCGAAGGAGUGGCUUGGGGCUGAACCUGUGGCGGUGGGGCCGUGGCAGGAGCCCCGGAUCUGCAGCCGGCUGUGUGGGAAGCAGACCACAGCUCUGUACCUGACCCCUCCACUGACCAAAUGGGAGGAGUUAGCAGCCCCUCUCUGUGCUGUUUUGUGUUGGGUGGAAGGCUGGAGGGCGAAAGCGCCUGUGUCCUGGGCUGGGGGCUGCCUUGCCUGUUGCUCACCGACUUCACUCCUCGUCCCCGCCUGGGCUUGUCUCCAUUGUUGUUUGGCUUUUUUUUUCUUCCCUUCCCUUUUCUUUUGAAUAUACUGUGUUAGUGAAUCUCCCGUCGACCUCAUUGCUCAGAAUGCAGUAUUAGGGCGAGCGUGUAAGCGAGCCUGCCACUGCCUCCUCCAUGAAUGUAUUUCUCUUUUCUGCCCUGGGGAAGUGGGGAGUGGCCCCAGUUUCUUCUUUCCCAUCUAUCCCCAGAGAGGUGACCUUUUGUUUUCCUUUCAACUUUUUUCUUUUUUUUUUUUUUUUUUUUUUUUUUUUUUUGCACCAAAGUGGCAACUGGGUCAGUGUUGGGGAUCAGGCUGGCUCUUGGUGGCAGGGCCCCUCCACCUGCUUCUCCCUGGUUUUGACAGUGUUAGUGUCUGUGAAAAGACAAUAUUCUCUCUAAAGCAAUAAGGGGGUGAUGGGCCAGGGGGAAAUGUCUUGCUGCUGCUGGCCCCCAGCUUCCCUUCCCUCUUGCCAUUGUGGUGGCAUUGGAGGAGUGGGAGAGACUCCUGUUGUGACUGAAUGUAACCUACCCUGCCCCUGCCACAGCCAAUGCAGGGGGAGGGGGGGCACUUGUCUCUUCCUACCCCUUCCCCCAGCUAAAGAGACUUUGAACUUGGGGGCCCAUGAGCCUGGAGAGGCCUUAACCCUGUGAGGAAGUGUAGGGGGAGCCCUCUCCCACCCAUCCCCUCUGAGAGUGGUCAAUGUUUACAAGGCCUGAGCCCCUAGCCCAGGGACUCAGAUGCCCCCCCCCCCCCAUCCUUCCCCAUCCCAGUCUUACAGGGCCCUGCUGCUCCACCCUGCCCCUUUGGGGUUCAGGGUAGUGUAGGUGUCCUGUGUAUCCCAGUUUACCCUACCUCUACCCUGUGUGACUUCCCUAAUACCCACUCUUGUAAAUACUCCCAAUAAAACUUGGUGUGUUCUCCCAUC